AGACGCCUGGGUUCCUUGCAGUGGGGGGGGCCGUCCCAGUCCCGUCUCAGCCGCCGCCGCCGCUGCGCGACCAGGUCACCAUGGUGCCCCUGCUACUGCUGGCGCUGCUGUAUCCCACUGGGGCACUGGGGCUGGGGCUGGUGCCACCCUUUGAGCAACACGGCUUCCUGGACUUCUCGCUGGAUGACACACCGGCGCUGGGGCCAGGGGAUGAGGACGAGGCCUCAGGACUCUUCCCCACCUCAGGGGCCCCUGACCUGGGCCUGGAUGAGUUGGGGCUGCCCCCACCCUCAGGCCACUGCCCCUUUGGCUGCCACUGCCACCUGCGUGUGGUACAGUGCUCUGACCUGGGGCUGAAGGAGGUGCCCAAGGACCUGCCACCUGACACUACACUGCUGGACUUGCAGAACAACUUCAUCUCAGAGUUGCGGGCUGAUGCCUUCAAGGGGCUGGAGCAUCUCUAUGCACUGGUGCUGGUGAACAACCGGCUGUCACGGGUUGACCCCAAGGCCUGGACUCCACUGCGGCGCCUGCAGAAGCUCUACCUGUCCCGCAACCUCCUGACUCGGGUCCCAGCUCCGCUGCCUCCUGCUCUGGUGGAGCUGAGGAUCCAUGACAACAAGAUCCGCCGCGUGCCCAAGGCUGUGUUCCAUGGCUUACGCCAAAUGAACUGCAUUGAGAUGGGGGGCAACCCCCUGGAGAACAGUGGCUUUGAGCCUGGAGCCUUCGAUGGCCUUCAGCUCAACUACCUGCGUAUCUCCGAGGCCCAGCUCACUGGCGUGCCCAAGGACCUGCCGGAGACACUGACAGAGCUGCACCUGGAUCACAACCAGAUUCAGGCCAUUGAAUUGGAAGACCUGAAGCGCUACAGCAAGCUUACCAGGCUGGGGCUGGGUCACAACCGAGUCCGUGGGGUGGAGAACGGCAGUCUGUCCUUCCUGCCGCUGCUGCGGGACCUGCACCUGGAGCACAACAAGCUGCAGCGGGUGCCCCCUGGCCUUCCCAACCUGCGCCACCUCCAGGUGGUGUACCUCCAUGCCAACAACAUCUCAGCCGUGGGGCCCCACGACUUCUGCCCGCCAGGCUUUGGGGUGAAGCGCUCCCCCUACCAUGGGAUCAGCCUCUUUGGGAACCCACUGCCUGCCUGGGAGGUGCCACCUGCUGCCUUCCGCUGCGUCUCUGCCCCACUGGCUGUGCAGUUUGGCAACUACCGCAAAUAAAGGGCACCCCAAAUCUAGGGACACCCCCAUAACUAGGCGGAGAGAGAGCCAGGCAGGGGGCCUGGGGGGGCAGCAGGGUUAGGGAGAGGGGUGUGAGGCUAGUUUUGGGGGGCCAGGGGGAGUUUGGGGGGAACAUCUGGGGUAGCUUUGGGGAGUGUGGGGGUCAAGCAGUUAGUUUUAGCGGUGCAGGGGACUUAUAGGGCUUAUGGGGAGCUUUGGGGGGCAGUAGGUGGGUAUGGGGGUUUGGGGGAUGAUAUUGGGGUGCAGAGGGGUCUUGGGGGUCAGGUAGGAUUGGGGAUGGCAGGGAGCAGUAUUGGGAAGCAGCGGGAUGAAAGGGCACAGGGAAGGUUUGGGGGGGCAGGGUAAUUUAGAAGGCAGGGGCAGUUUUGGGCCGGUGAGUAGAUUUGGGGGUGUAUGGGAAAUAUGGGGUUCAAGGGGAUGUGGGGGCUAGGGGGAAAGUUUGGGGGCAGGGAUAGUUUCUGGAGGCCAGGGAUGAGUUAUGGGGACCAGGGGGUGGAUCUGGGGUCAUUUUGGCAGGCAGAUAUUGGGGUAUAGAAGCGGGGCAGGAGUGGGAGAGGCUCAUGGGGGAGUUUGGGGGUGAAAGGAAUGGAGCCUUUCUUAGAGUCCCUCCUCCCCUUCCCUGGGAUUUAGGUUCCCCCCAGCCCCUAAUUUCUCCCUGUCAGGGUCACAUCAAAGCCUGGAGACAUACAUAAAGCCUCUUCAACCCCACUCCCUAGCGCCCCCCCCCAAAAAAAAG